AAAUGAAUUAACAGUAAUAACAUUCGAAGAUGGCUGCUCUUUCCAUCAAUGUCAUGAAGCAACAAGGAGUAUUGAAGAAGCAUUUCAAAAUUCAGAAUAACUAGAGUCAUAUAUCCAUGCGCUUGAGUAGAUUUCUUCAUUCUUUGGUGGAAUGGGUUGAAGUGAGUGAGAGGUAUAUAGAAUGAAAUGCCUAUAAGCCCCCUGAGUAUUUGAAAAAUGACUGGAUCAGCUUACAGAUUCCAGCAACCUUAUCCUCUUCUGAUACAAAAACCUGCAGCAAACCUUGCUAGAUUUUCCCACCAAAAUUACCAGGAAAAAGAAAUCAAGGAAUUCAGGAAUGGCAUCAACAUUUCUCUCAACUGCAAACACAUUCCUCCACUCCACUUUAUCAUCUUCUUCAACAUGUUCCUCCCCCUCCUCCUCUUCUUCUCCUUACACAACUACCGCAUUAGGUUGUCCAGAUGGGAAGAGAAAAUUCAGACUUUGCAAGGCAUUAAUGUGUGACUCAGAACCUUCGUCUUCUCCAGUGAUUUUAACAAAAAGAGGGUUCUCCACUUGCUUCAUCAGCAGCUUAUUCUUCUCAUUGGGUAGUGCCAAGGCAGCAAUUUUAGAAGCUGAUGACGAUGAAGAGCUCAUGGAGAAAGUGAAGAAGGACAGGAAGAAGAGGCUUGAAAGGCAAGGAGUCAUCAAUUCAUCUAACAAAGAAAAAGAUUACUUGCAGGAAGCUGUGUUCCAGUUGAGCAAAGUAGGCCAAGCCAUCGACAAUAACGAUCUGUCUGCAGCCAGUUCGGUUCUUGGGAGCAGUACUGCUACAGAUUGGGUCCAAAAGGCUAAUAUAGCCUUCACCAAGCUAAGCUCCAGUCCUGAGGAGAAAACUCAGGUUGAAGCCUUCAAUUCCUCGCUUGCUUCGCUAAUAUCAUCAGUUACAAGGAAAGACAUAGAUUCCUCCAAAACUGCUUUUGUGUUAUCAGCCACUGCACUUGAGAAAUGGAGUGUCUUGUCUGGGUUUGUUGAACAACUUAAGGGGCUCUAAUAGAGUCGCAGGGAGUCCAUUGUGUUUAAUUGUACUGAACUUGUUCAUAUCAAAAUUUGGAGUUCCAUUGCUUAGUCUUUCCUUGUAGUUUAUGAGUGGUCUCUACAGUCAGAGAUCAACAGGCUAAAUUUGCCUCAACAUUCUUGUAGUGCACAAUUUGCUGUGACCAUAAAAUUUUGUUGUGGUCCAUAGAGCGGGUUGUUAACAGAAAGACCUCUUGGCUCUUGCUACUGUAAUUAACCAUACAGAUACAUUUCUGUCGCCAACUUCUGGGUUUCAGACAGUACAAACAACAAAGCCUAAUUAGCAUUUCCCCUCCCUUUCUAUACACAUAUACAUACACUCAUAUACCUAUAAUGUUAACUGGGUAUGUCGAAAGAUGUAGUCUUUAUCUGUGAAUUUGCUCUUCUUGUACUGGAGUUAUCACACAAUUGUGUGGGCUCAAUUUUCUAUCCCUGAAAACAUUGGCGAUUUUCUCCUUCGAUAGUAGUGUCGAGUAUCUUAACACCGUGACGGUUGCCUGUAGAAUUGGCGUGUCUCUUU